CCCUCCUCCUCUCGUCGGACCAAAACCUCAAGAAAAAACUCGUGUGAAAAGCCAAAGCCAUGUCGGCCGCUCCUCCGCCGCCGUGGGAAGUCGUCCUCCUCGUCUCUCACCUCCUCGACCCCAGGACCCUGGCCGUCGCCUCCUGCGUCUGCAAGUCGUGGCGCGCCUCCAUGUCCUCGGACAACCUCUGGAAACCCGCGUGCGCCUCCCUCUUCCCUUCCCUCUCCGCCCUCCAGUCCACCGACCCGGCCCUCCCCUACCACCGGAUCUACGCCCUCGGCCUCGCCGCCUCCAGGUGCCGCGCGCGCUCCCCUGCGAAGCCCCGCCUGUCCCUCGACGACCUCGUCUUCGUCGUCGACGUGCGGUCUGAGGACCUCCCCAUCACCACCGUGUCGAAGCCGGGGGACGAGAUCGCGCCCGACCCGAACGGGCUGUUCCGGUUCGAGCUCGGUGCCGAUGAGGAGUGCUCGUUGGCGAUGGAGAUCAUGGAUCCCGUGAGGAUCACGUGGAUCGUGGCGCUGAGAGGGUGGAAGGCGGUGUUCACCAUGAUGGAGUGCGACGGCAGGGCGAGCUUCAUUCCCGGGGCCGAGGGGUGGUUCUCGCAGGAGCUGCCGUUAGCGGGGUGCUGCUCGAGCGCCGCCGCCAGUGGGCUCGUGGCGGACAUGAAGUUAGGGUUCUGUAGCAGGGGGGUGGCUGGGGGGAAAAUCAGGGUGGAGAGCGCGAGCGUGGGGAUUCUGAGCAUGGGGAGUUGGAGGUAUGCGAGUAUGGAGGAUGGUUUGAGGUACUUGCAGAAUUUUCUUGCUUGAUGUAGGAAAGUUAUACGUUGGUUGAUUGUAUGAAAAGGGAGGAUCUUUUGUUGUCGUUGUCGUUUUUAUUCCGAGUAAAAGUUGACAAAAAAUCU